UUCUCUCUCUUCUUCUCUCUCUCUCUCUCCUUUAAAUAUUUCAUGUCACCACAUCUAGCUCUUAUGUCCUCCUGCCCUUUGAGUUUCCAAUAUUAAUAUAACAUGAUACAUAAAUUAAUCUCCCCACAACUUCAUCACCAAAACCCCAAAACAGAUCAACCCUUGUUCUUCUUUUUCGAUCCAUCUUCGUCUUCGCCUUCGCCUUCACCGGCAUGGAUUAUUCGGCGGGCAAAUCUCCGAGAAGAGAGCUUCAGCUUCAAGGCCCACGUCCUACACCUCUCAGGGUUCAUAAAGACUCUCACAAGAUCAAGAAGCCUCCAAUUGUUCCCCAACCCUCCUCACAACCACCCUCCCACCAGCCUCAUCUCUACCAGCAGCCACGUCAGCCGGUCAUAAUCUACACCGUGUCCCCGAAGGUCAUCCACACAAACCCUAGUGACUUCAUGGACCUUGUCCAACGCCUCACGGGCUUAAACUCUUCUUCAUCUUCUUCCCCACCUACUCAAAAUAAUCCUAAUAAUCCUCCCAAUUAUGACAAUAACAAUAACAAUAAUUCUCGUGAUGAUCAAGUGAUGAAGACAAGUUCUGCUCAGGAUGUGUCGCAAGGGAUGGAGAUGGACGGUGAUGAUGGUGGUGUUAGGCAGAAGGGUUUGUUUCCGGGGAUCUUGUCACCGGGGCCUGCUUCGCUCAAUCCAAUUCCUUCAAACUUCUUCUCUCCACCGUCGGAUAGCUUCUUCCAUGAUUUGAGCCCGGUGCUCCAUGGAAACAGGAACUUCAUAGAAGGUAGCUUCAUGCCUAGUCCUUCAAACUUCUUUUCCCCUAGCACUCCAUCCAUAGACUUAUUCAACAAUUUCCCCGAUUUAUAGUUUUUCUUUUCUUCUUCAGUUUUUCUAUUUUCAGAUUCUUUUCCUUCAUAGAAAGAAUGGGAAUUUCAGGGGAAUUACUUAAGAUAUAGAUUGCUUUUGGUUCCUGGUUUUUUUUUUUUUCUUCAGAGAAAUAGAGUUUUAGUCAUUGGUGAAGAAGAUAAUACAAAAGGGACUAAAGUGGAAUUUUGAAUUUGUUUUGGUGGGGAGGCAGGUGGGAAAGUUCUUAGAUUAAUUGUUAGUUUAAUAUUGUGGGCCGAAGGAUGGAGAGUGGCUGGCUCUCAAAUAUCAUAUAUAUGAUACCCAUGCUUUUGUUUUCGAUGCCAUCUUUUGUCAUGUACCUUUGGCAUGUAAUUUCCAGCACAUGUAGUUGACCUUUCUCAUUGCUCUUUUCAGUUUGUUUUAUACGUGCUUUGCACUAAUUUAUACUACUGUUC